AAUAGGACAUAUGCAAGAUCUUCUCGAACAAGAAGUUUACUUAACUAAGAGAAAAGAUUCAAAAGGAAGAGCAGCUAAAUAUUUGGUUAAAGAUACUGUAGUAGCUUUAAACCAAAGAAAAUAA